CCACUUUUUUUUUUUUCGUAUUUAAAAAAAAGGUGCAUUAAAAGAUGUCAAAAGAAUUCAAGCCGACCACAUGGGCGGCUAUUCAUAACGCAACACUUCCAGCUGAAGGUGCAGGCAACCAAACGUUUGAUAACCGUAUUCUUGCUGGUGCUGUGCUUGGUGUUCCUGCCUUUAUCACAUACUCCCUUGGUUUAGGCGCUUGGUCUUUCUUGUUCUUGACCGUUCUAUUGUUCCUUCCUAUUCUCGCGUGUACUCUCUAUCUCUUUUCCCGUUUUGCUCCUCGUUAUCGCAACCAUAUUCCUCUUCCUGGUAAACCUAUUGAAUCCUACUUGACCUUCCAUGAUGCCGAACUUCGUGCCAAGUAUCACGGACGCAACAAGAUUCCUAUGGAAACCUUUUUUGAGGCUUAUUUCGUUGGUAAGGUCGAUUUCAAUGGCGAUCCUUUGGAAAUUAUGGAACUUCGUCAUGAUUGGGCCGCUUUCCAAUUCACAUAUGGUCAAUUCAAGUUCUUCUUAACUCAGUGGUUACCCGAAACCUUUUGGCACUCACGCGAACAAGAUGAAAAUCAAGUCCGUGAUCACUAUGAUCGUGGUAACGAUUUCUAUGAAGCCUUCUUGGGCCCAUUAAUGGUUUAUACCUCAGGCAUUAUUUCUGAUCCCACCAAGCGUGAGACCUUGGAAGAACUGCAGGAAAACAAGAUGGAGCUGAUUUGCGAAAAACUCCACAUGAAGGAAGGUGAUAAGCACUUGGAUAUUGGAUGUGGCUGGGGUACUUUGGUUGCUUAUGCUGCUAAGCACUACAACACACAGUCCACUGGUGUCACUCUUGCUCGUAAUCAAGUUGCAUUUGGUGAUAAGCGUAUUGAAGAAUGGGGCGUCAAGGAUAAGGCUAAUUUGCUUUGUAUGGACUAUCGUGAUAUUCCUAAAGGUCAAAAAUAUGACAAGAUCUCGGCUGUUGAAAUGGCUGAACACGUUGGUAUUCGUCGUUUUCAAACUUUCCUUCAAGAAAUCCGUGAAUUGUUAGAAGAUGAUGGUCUUUUCUACAUGCAAGUUGCUGGUUUGAGAGCUACCUGGCAAUACGAAGAUUUCAUUUGGGGCUUAUUUAUGGCAAGAUACAUUUUCCCUGGUGCUGAUGCCUCUACGCCUUUGUACUGGUACCUCAGACAAUUGGAAACUGCUGGCUUCGAAAUCCACAAUGUAGACACUGUUGGUGUUCACUAUUCAGCCACUUUGGAACGUUGGUACGAAAACUGGAUGAAGAAUAAGGGUGCCAUGACAGAAAAAUACGGUAGCAAGUUGGUCCGUAUUUGGGAAAUUUUCCUUUCUUGGUCUGUCAUCACUUCCCGUCAAGGAAGCGCCACCUGCUUCCAAAUUGUUGCCAACAAAAACCGUAACUCAUUUGACCGUGCUGCAUUGAUCUGCAAUCGUACUAAUCCUCGCGCCUGGAAAAGCAAGCGUGGUUAGAUAAACAUUGUGUAUAUUUGAAAGAUAUAAAUAAAAGAAUUGUGUUUUUACGUUUAUUUUAUUUUUACGUUGUGUUGCUUUUAAGAAGAGAAAAGGAUAAAUGUGAAUACAUUAUCACUAUAAUGCAUCCAAAACUGCAAAACUAUGGUUACUAAUCAACACUAGCUAUUUCACAAAAGCCAAACGCUGUUGACAGUUGUCAAAUUCAAUCAGGG